UCUGCUCAAUCUAUAUCUCAUCCUCAUCAUCUUUCACUCCUGUUCACCUCUCACUCCUCCACUCUCCAAUGUCGAAGACCAAGAUCCUCGUAUGCCGCGACAUCGGCGACAAGUCCAUGGCCGUCCUGCGUGCACAGGAGGACUGGAAUCUCGUUAUCUGGCCACACGAUAGGCCUGCGGACAAGGAAUGGGUGUACGCGAACGCUCCUGGAAGUGUGGGGAUGGUCGUUACCCUGGGGGAGAAAGUCACAGAGGAGCUCGUCGCUCUCACAGGACCACAGCUGAAGGUCGUGAGCACGAUGAGCGUGGGCGUCGACCACGUCGAGCUCCCCGCUCUUGCAUCGCGUCAUAUCCGCCUAGGCUACACGCCUGACGUGCUGACUGACGCUGUCGCCGAUUGCAGUAUAAUGCUCGCCCUCAUGGCUUCACGCAACGUGACAUCCUCGCAGACCCUCCUGCGCUCAGGUACUUGGGGCAACCUAGGGUGGGGUCCAUACCUGUUUUGCGGUCCGCAGAUUGGCGCUGGACCGGGGAAGAAGGAGAGCACUGUCGGUUUCCUCGGGUUUGGACGUAUCUCCCAAGCCACCCUCGUCCGGAUAGCAGCGUUCGGAGUGACCCGAUGCGUCUACUACAACUCCGGCCGGAAGGAUCGUUCGGCCGAGGACCAGGCUCUCGCAGACAAGUUAGGACUGAAGGAAGUAAAGCGCGUCGAGCUGGACGAGCUCGCGCGAUCGAGCGACGUCCUCUUCACCCUUGUUCCGGGGGGGAAGGACACCUUCCACAUUGUAGACGAGGCCUUUUUGCGGAAGAUGAAGCCUACUUCGGUACUGGUUAACACGGGUCGCGGGCCGAUCGUGGAUACCCAGGCGCUUGUGAAGGCUUUGAAAGAAGGCUGGAUAUGGGGUGCAGGGCUGGACGUCGUUGAGGGGGAACCGAACAUCCCCGCAGACCAUCCCUUGCUGCAUGAGCCGAGGUGCGCAAUCAUCCCCCAUAUUGCGAGCGCUACGAUCGAGACGCGCGAAGCGAUGGCCAUGCUCUGCGCGACGAACCUCGUCGGCGGUCUGAAGGAGGGCAAGAUCGGGGUAGAAUACGAUCUUUCUUGAUCUCCCGCGCAUAUAGGGUAUAGAUUAUACAAUGUACAAGGGAAGGUAUAGAGCAGGAAAUCGAUGCUAAUUUAUUGUCCAUCCAUCUGGAUAUCCUCCUGUUC